AUGGCUGCUCAUUUCUUUUACACGGCAAUAAAUGUCAAUAAUACUCAGUUCUCCUUUGUUAGUAAAGUUAGAAUUCCUUACCGUGUAUCUGAAUCUUUUAUUCGGAAAAUUACGGCUAUUAUAAAUCAGAAUAAAAUCUGUCAUCACAAAAAACAAAACUUGAAUCAGCAUUUGGUUUUUUUUUUCAGCAACAACAACGAUUUACCAUUUUCCAGCACCACAUUCAUCACAUCGAAAGCAAUUCAAUAUGCUUUAUUAAAUACAUUUCCUAUACUUGUCCUGAUGAGCUCAAUUUAUUUGAUCGAUGCGAUAAAGUUUUUGUGGUUUAGAAAAUUUAAGGAAAAUUUUAAGAUAGUUCGUGAAUGUCCUGGACAUGUAUUAGGAAGCUUUUCAACUGAUUGA